CGAAUGGCAUUACUUAAGUACAAAAUGGUGGGAGAUACAUAUAAUACGAGGAUAGAAGCGAGUGAAAUAGUCCAUAUUAUACACACAAGCGUGGAGAAAAAAUGGUGGGGAUCGAAAGGAGACGAAUAAGUUUGUACUGCUUAAAACCAAAGAAUGAUCUCGGCUUAUAGUGUGGCGGGGAAAGUAGGUCCAUUUGGGGAUUGCAUGGAGUGGGGGUAACCGCCCAAAGCGUUCUUUGGUUGCAAGUAGUAUACUACCAGUAGUACCUCUCUACCUCUGUCAUUUGUGAUUGGAUCUGACGUAUAACUCAUCAUUUGUGUCUUUCUUUCCCCCACACAUUUUCAUCAACUAAGUGUUCAAACAUUAGAUACAUGUGAUUUGUUACUGUGAUUUAUUAACCAACUUGACAGGAUUUAGAGAACAAACGUGAACGGAGGUGAGAAUUAAGUAGGUUUCAUGGGAGACACAAGAGGUAACUUGCGGUGUGUAAAGACGGAAGAGAACGCGCCAGUGUUGAUGAGAGGCGUCUUCUGACCAUCUAAUUCAGUGUUAGAAAUUCACAUUACGAGGGGAGCAAAACAGAGCGUAAAAUCAGCCAUGCUCUUCAAUGCUAUCGUGAAAGAAUUUACUGCGUAAAUUUGCAGCAUGAAGUAUCGAAGGAACACGUAGUUUCCUCGAUUUUUUGAACCAACUGACGACCUACUACUAUGUACUCGAACGUCGAAUGAGUGUAUUCCAGAGGCAGAAAAGAUCAUUAAUACCUGGUGAUAAAGGAGUUUGAAGAUACACAUAAUUUUGACAGAAGAGGAGAACAAUAUUCAGGAAGAUGGACGCCAAUGUGGAGAGAGAGUGCAGCGCCCUGGGCGGGCUUUUCAAUCAAAUUAUUGCGGAUAUGAAGAAUGGAACACCACUGUGGGAAGAUUUAAUAUCAAAAGCAACAAAACUUCAUGCUUGUCUGAGAGCAGCUAUUCUAGCAGUAUCAGCCUAUCUCGAGGCGUUCCAAAAGAUUGCUGAUGCUGCGACCAACGCCAAAGGUGCGACUAAAGAAAUUGGCACCGCCUUGACGAGGAUAUGUCUGCGUCAUAAGGCUGUUGAAACAAGGAUGAAAUCUUUCACAUGCGCAAUUAUGGACCGACUCGUGAUGCCCCUUCAAGAGAAACUGGAAGACUGGAAAAAAACCCUAAUAAAUCUGGAUAAAGAGCAUUCUAAAGAGUACAAAAGAGCCAAGUCCGAGUUGAAGAAGCGUUCAACCGACACACUAAGACUGCAAAAGAAAAAAGCAAGGAAGGCCAUUGUGCAGAGUCAUGGGCAUAGUCAAACAGCAACUUUACAAGCCCAAGGUAACCGUAUUGAUGAUUCGGAAUUAAACAGAUUACUCGAGUCGUCAGAGGCGAGUGUUCACGAGAAACGCUUGAGUUUAGAAGAAACUGAACGCAAAGCUGUGCGUGCCGCACUGUUAGAAGAACGUGGACGAUUCUGCCAGUUUGCUAAAUUUCUGAGACCAGUGCUGGAUGAAGAAAUAUCGAUGUUGAUGGAGCUGACUCACUUGCAAGAGGUUUCUGAUCAGCUGGAACGGCAUGUAGCAUCACCUCACGAUUUGCCAGCAGCCUCUGAACAAGUUAUCACCGAUUUAAAGGGGAGAGAAAUGACACAGUGGGCAUUAGCAACGCCACCAUCAAGCCCAUCAUUGUCACUCGGGUCUAGAAAAAGUUCGAUGUGCUCAAUAAGUUCGCUAAAUAGCAGCUCAAGUGGUUCAUGCAAAAAUCAUCCAAAUUCAUGCACCCAUCAAUGGCACAGAUCAAUGUCCCAGCCAAUUGGUACGAGACCCUUCAGCAUCGCAGAUACGGGGACAACGACACUUAGACACUUGUCGAGUGGAUGUUCACGUGAUUCUGGAUUUACUUCACAGGAUACGCUUUAUAGGCAACCUAUUUCUGAGUAUCAGGUAUCCAAUGUGUCUUCCCAUAGUAAUCAAAAUAACUGUCCAACGAAAUCCUCGACAAAUGCGACCUGGCCCGAUCUCCAAGAGACGGCAGCUCUCGAAAGGCAAGUUCAACCGUCAGCAGUGAACGAAAGACCCCACACAAUCUCGUCAGCAUACGAAAAAGGACAUCAGAGACCUGCACUGAGUGUUUAUACAUUCCAAGCACCCGAUUCUGGAUGUUGCCAUAGCCAGCCUGCAUCACCAGUCUCAUCACCACCCUCAAAUCCCCAGUUAGCACGUGUACAAAUGCGUAAAAAUAGUGCUGGCAACCUGAGGCCACCGAUUCCGAGCCGAUGCUCCAGUUUAGAAAGACCUACCGUUACGGGAGGAAAAAAUGAGGGAACUGCAACAAAUCGGGGGAAACCAAAGCUACCAUUACCUGCGCAUUUGAUGAAAGAUUUGGGAAAUCAUCAACAGCAACCCAUGUACGUAAAUAUGCACGAACUGGCUAACUUGGCAGCUAAUCGUGCUCAAGAGAUGCAACUACCAGCAGCUGGACCUGCAGCCACCUCUGGCUCGAUAUCCAGAGCACAAACGUCAAGCAGCAAUACAAAUGAAAAGACUGACACAGUAGCACCUGAAAAAGAAAUAGGCAGCACAACGUCCGAAUCGAGUUUGGAGUCAAGCAGUGGCUAUAGUAGUCAAUCAACACUGCCGACCUUUCAAGCAGUUCCAAGUCUUUGUGACACUCCUGUUGUGCCUGGUGGCUCUUGUACGAUGCCGCGAAGAGGCUCCAUUCAACAAACUAGACCUCCGCCACCAGCACGUAGAACUUCAACAAUUAUUAGUGGUAAUUAUUCGAGUACAACAGGAUCCAUGAUUGGAGCAAGUGGCGGAUUACUUGCUGCUACUGUUCUCGUUACUGGGGAACAGCGUGUAGAAACUACCACCACAUCUGAUGAGACUGAAAAUCUUCCACCACCUCCUGCAUUUCUUCUGGAAGCAAACUCACCCAUUCCCAGUCCUACUCCACAGCGAUCGAUAUCUGUGUCGGAAACGGUACGAACACUAACAGAGCUUCGUCAUACUCCAGCAAGUCCUUCAUUCCUUCGAAAGACUACCAAUCAACCGCCAACACAGCCCCAAGGAGCAUUCAACCAAAUAACACAUUCUACAUUUGUCGAACGUUCGAGUUCAUGUCGAAGAGUAUCGACAACCAGUGUGGAAUCAUCAUCAUCAUCGAUAUCGUCUGCACAGUAUCAAGGACCAGGUGGAGUAGGCCAAGGUUUCAUGGCAGUACUCAGUUCAAAAUUAAUAAAUACAAAUAUGAAUGUCAAUUCAAACAGCAGUCCUAAAUCAGCCCGAAAACAUAUCAACUUAGAAACUACCCAGAGUCCAAGGACACCAGUUGGAUUUUUAGAGACUUUAAAUGCAAAAUUAGCAGCCCAACAGCAACAGGCGCAGCAAACCCAACAGCACCCGCCUCAAAUACUACAGAUACAGCAAGGGAGAUCAAAUACUACAAAUAGAUCAGCAAGUGUUAGACGAAUAAUGGCCAACAGAGUACCGAUAAUCGAUCCCCAUCAAGUACGCAGUUCACUAAUGGAUCAAAUAAGACGAGGCACUUCAUUACGCACCAGUGGCCCUAUAAACGAUCGCUCAGCACCACAAAUCUAUUAAAAAAUUAGUUUAAAAGCUCUGUAGAGUCCCUCAUCAACAAAAGCUAAAUCUAGUUUCUAUGUAUAGAGAUCGAUCCAAUUUAAAACAUCAAUUUUUUUUAACUAGUUCCAUUGACGACCUUCAUCUUUCAAUUUCAUUCCGCUUUGAUGUAAUCAUUAUAUUCCGCUCUGAAACUGCCAGAUCUUACCUUCCUUUAUUUUCAUAGGUACAGGUUUUUUUUCCAUUGCAUUUAAGUUAUUGAAUUAUCGUUUUAUCAACUUUGGAUGUAUGUGAAAGUAAUUCGGAACCCAACAAUCCCCAGUGAAAAGCCAAGUGAAAUCCUUACGAGAUGCCGUAUUCAUUCAGAAAAUCAACGAAUCAUUAUGAAACAUCUUGUAAUAUUGUAACGUUAAAAAAAUAUUAUCGCAAUUCAUUUUUCUCCAUCACGAAACAUUGUCGCUGAUUGAGUUGGAAUAAUCUUUAUUUCCUUAAAAAUACAGAAGCUUUUGCAUCAACAUAAGAGGAUAAUUGAUAAUAUUAGAGGCGGAAAUGGAUGAUUAAUAAUAAUAUCAAUAACUCCAAUGUCACUUUUACCAUUUAAAUGAAUUGCCACCUCUCAUACAUCCAUAAGCUUUUGUUGACUUGGAGAUUUUCACAUCGUAUAUUCAAAGUUAAUUCAUGAAGGGUGAAAAGCGUAUAGAUAUUUGGUGUUGAUUCAAUUGAUGUAUUCAAAGAAAAAAAUGGGAAUAAAAAUACUGAUAUAUCUUUCUUUCUGCAAUUUUAUGGUAAUAAAAUCUAGCAAGCUGUUGCAUUGGUCAACGGUAGCGAUAAUAAAGAUAAUAAAACAAAUUGUGACAAAAUAAUAAUUGACGAGCGAGUUGCAGUGAUUAGUUGUUAGACGUUUAUUCGCGUAGCAGUUAUUGUCAAAAAAUUGAAUAAAAUAAAAACCUAUAAAAGGUAGAUGUAUGAUUGUUCAUAAAUCACGAAAAUAAUAAUAAUAAUAAUAAUAAUAAUAAUAGUGAUAGUAGUAGUGAUAAUUAUAAUAUAACCAUAAUAAUGAAGUUAUUGGAUUCCAAUGGAGAUAAAUGGUGAAAGAAAUUAAUUUCUAACAGAAACGUCUCUUUGGUAAUAAUUGAGAAUAUUACAAAAUGUUUAAACUUUAAAGUGUACAAUCAGACUUUAGUCUUCACAUCAUGUAUUUGGAGAAGUUGGACAGAAUUCUCGCGCUUCAAUAAUUUGUGAUGAUGAAUAUCCAGUGUUUGGAAGUGUGUAAAUCGACACCAUACCAUCAA